AUGAUAUUUAACAAUUGUUCCUGCACCCGCGAUGAUCCAGAGAAUAUGCUCUCACAUCUUAGUUGUGGCAUAAGCAAGAGCUCAAAGCGUCCCACCUUCACAAUUGAAUUGGAAUUCCGACAGCCUGUUGUGAAAUUUAAGGUCAAUAUGCGUGUCAUGUUGCCAAGACCGAAGAGUGUGGGCGAUGAUUUUCCACUUUUCAAUCUAACCGAUAUUGAUGGCUGUAAUUUGCUGUCAAAUAAAAAUCAAAUAACCAUGAUUAAACUGGGACGCGAGAAUAUGGAUCGUUUUAGCAAUAUACCGAAACGUUGUCCCUGGCCAAAGGAUGUGCGCUAUUAUGUGCGUGGCUAUCGCACGGAUAUGCAAACCUUACCAGCUUUCAGUUUCGAGGCCGAUAUGCAUCUGUGGUUUGAGUUUGUAGUCAAUCAUAAUAAGAUCAUUAAGGGAUUCAUUCAGAGUCGCGUGCAAAGACGUCGUGGCAGCAAAAAGUCCAGCGAUAUUUAG